AUGGUGAGAAUCAGUGUGCUCAACGAUGCUCUCAAGAGCAUGUACAAUGCCGAGAAACGAGGCAAGAGGCAGGUCAUGAUCAGGCCCUCCUCUAAAGUGAUCAUCAAGUUUCUUACCGUCAUGCAAAAGCACGGUUACAUCGGUGAGUUCGAGUUCGUCGAUGACCACCGAUCUGGCAAAAUCGUUGUCGAGUUAAACGGGAGGUUGAACAAGUGUGGUGUUAUCAGCCCUCGUUUUGAUGUUGGUGUCAAGGAGAUUGAAAGCUGGACUGCUCGUCUACUUCCUUCCAGACAGUUUGGGUACAUUGUACUUACGACUUCUGCGGGAAUUAUGGACCAUGAAGAGGCUAGGAGAAAGAAUGUUGGAGGCAAGGUUCUCGGCUUCUUCUAUUGA